CUUCUUUUUCUUCUCCAACAAUCAGAAUAAAUGGUCGGAGGCGUUAUCUGACUGUCAGGACUCGCAGCUGUUGGAGGGCACCAAACAUCUGGAGAACUCAGACUGGCAUACAAACUCUCAUCAGUGGAUUUGUGUAUUAUUUUACUGGAAACAGUCCAAGAGGUUUAAAAAAUAAAUAAAACAUGCGUCGCACCUCAGCUUGGGUUGGCUGGGCGCUGUGUUUGUGCACAGCUUUGGCUGCGAGCGCGCAGGACUACCCAGAGGAUGACAAGAUGAUCCUUGAUCUGAUCCGCGAGGACGGGACCCAACCUGAAACCGGAGAUGAGCCCGCUGCUGAGUUCCUCAAAUGCAACAAGCCAUCUUGGCGCAUGCAAGGUCAGUACCUGGUCGUACUGCGUCAGGGGACGCAUGACUCUCACGUGCAGAGGACCAUCAGGAGACUGAGAGCCAAAGCAGCCAGGAGAGGUUACCUGCUGGAGAUCAUGCAGACAUACUCUGGAGCUCUGCACGGCUUCCUGGUCAAGAUGAGCAGUGAAGUCCUUCACCUGGCGGUGAAGCUCCCACAGGUCCAUUACAUAGAGGAAGACUCGAUCAUCUUUGCUCAGAGCGCCCCCUGGAACCUCCAGAGGAUACUGCAGCCUCAUGGUGGCACCUCUGAAAACGGAACAUACAGGCCACCCAACGAUGGAGGGAUGGCGGAGGUCUAUCUGAUGGAUGGCAGUGUUCAGAGUUCUCACAGAGAGAUUGAGGGACGAGUCCUCAUCACAGACUUCAACAGCGUCCCUGAGGAGGAUGGAGUCCGAGUUCAUAGACAGGCAAGUCAGUGUGACAGUCACGGCACACACAUGGCGGGGGUUGUGAGCGGGUCAGACUCUGGUGUUGCUCGAGGCGCAGGUGUUAAUCUGGUCCGUGUGCUUAACUGUCAGGGGAAAGGGACCGUGUCAGGAGCUCUGGCGGGUAUGGAGUAUAUCCAAGCAACGCUACUGGCCCGCCCAGUGGAUGCUGUGGUUAUUUUGCUGCCUUUCAUAGGUGGUUUCAGCCGUUCAUUAAACGCAGCCUGUCGGGACAUGGUGGCUACAGGAGCUGUGGUCAUCGCUGCUGCGGGGAACUACAGAGAUGACGCCUGCCUCUACUCGCCUGCUUCAGAGCCCGAGGUCAUCACAGUAGGGGCGGUUAACUCAGCGGACCAGCUUAUGUCACAGGGAGCGGGUGGCACCAACUUUGGCCGCUGCAUUGAUCUGUUUGCACCCGGCGAUGACAUCGUUAGCGCCAGUAGUGACUGCAGCACCUGUUUUACCUCCCGGAGUGGAACCUCCCAGGCUGCUGCCCAUGCUGCAGGCAUAGCAGCAGUGAUCCUGUCGUCCAAACAGAAUGCGUCGCCGGUGCAGGUCCUGCAGAUGAUGCUGCAUUACUCCAUCAGCAACACAAUCAACUUCCUCUCUCUGUCCGACACACAUCGUCUCAUUACUCCAAACCUGGUAGCAGCCAUGCCUCCUGCCAACAGCGCAAAUGGGGAACUUCUGUGUCGGUCAGUGUGGUCAGAGAGGUCAGGGGUCACGAGUACUGACAAGACUAUCAGUCGCUGUCGUCUGGGAGAGGAGAUGAUGAGCUGCAGCAGCUACUCUCCUGACGGUGUCCACGUGGGAGAAACCAUCACUGUUAGCAGCGGGCAGAUGGAGUGUGUAGCCUUUAAUGCUCCGGAGGGGAAAGGUGUGUAUGCUGUGGCGCGUUGUUGUGUGAUAGGUGGUCUGCAGUGCCACGUCCAUGCCAGACCUGAGCCCGGACGAGAUGCUGAGUGUGUCGGCCCGCAGCACCACCUGACCGGCUGCACAUCCUGGUCCACUGCUGAGAUCUCGUCUGACUCACGUCCACAUCACGGUGAUCGGAAACGUUGUGUUGUGAAAGACGGGAUGACAUCUCAUGCCGUGUGCUGCCACGCUCCAUCUCUGGAGUGCCACUUGUUGGAAAACAGAACAGAUCAUAAAGAUCAGGUUGAGGUUUCCUGUCCCUCCGGCUGGACUCUGACAGACUGUAGCGCCGUCUCUCAGGGCUCUGCUAUCUUGGCACCAGUUGCUAAGGGCAACAGAUGCCGUGUCGGCAGUGUCACGGGAGACAAAGGGGCCGCUGGCAUCGCCGUCUGCUGUCGCGUCAGACCACCAGAGCGGCAACCGACAACUCCUCAGUGAUCUGGACUCACACCACUUUGGCUUUUUUUCUUCGGAAUUAAAUGUCUCUAUUGUCGUCUAGAACUUUUAUCAGUGACUGUAAGCACUACUGUAAAGAUGUGUGUGUUUAAGUUUUAGGAUUAGGUACAAACAUGCUCCAGCACACAUAUUGUAUUCAUGCCUCAGACUAACAUAUGUUGCCUCAUCUAGUACUGUCUUGUAAGCUACUUUUAAACCGUAUACAGAUUUUAAAAAUGUAAGCAAAAAUGUUCUAUAUCUUUUACAAUAAAACACGAUUAAAAAGAGCUCUCCCGAGAAUAUCAUGUGUACAAUCAAUGAAUAAAAAGGC